AGAAGGAAGGCCAAGUGGUGCUGGCACUGCUAUUGCUUGGACAGACCCUUCUGGGUGUUGGUGGGGUGCCCAUCCAGCCCUUUGGCAUUUCAUAUAUUGAUGAUUUUGCCAGUAGGAACAACUCACCUCUCUAUAUAGGAAUCCUCUUUGCUACAACUACCGUUGGUCCCGCCAUAGCCUUCAUUGUGGGCUCGAUCAUGUUACGCUUCUAUGUUGACAUUGACAAAGUUCCUGCAUGAGGAGGCUCCACGCAAGAGCAUUGUAGAAAUGAAUAAGGCAGACAUAAAGGAUCAGCUGAAAAACAAACCUAAAGAUCUAGAAGAUUACACUCUGUGCCAGUUCAUCAAAAUGUUCCCUGUGGUUCUGAUAAGAAAUAUCAAGAAUCCCAUCUUCGUCACUGUCAUCUUUGCUCUGAUCAACCUCUCUGGCAUGAUUGCUGGCUUAGCAACCUUCCUGGCCAAAUUCCUGGAGCGGCAGUUCACCCUGUCAGCAUCUGUGGCCAACAUGAUCAUAGGUGCUGUCAACAUCCCAGGAGCCCUGUUAGGCAUCAUCCUGGGAGGCGUCAUCAUGAAGAACUGCCAACUCAGCCUCAGGCAGGCCACCAUCAUGUGCAUGCUUGGCAUGGGCGUCUGCAUCCUCUUUGACUUGCCCCUCCUGUUCAUGGGUUGCCCUUCGCCACCGGUUGCCGGCCUUGACACUGCAAGUUCUGAAGGUCAACAGCUCGUUGCUGAUUGUAACCAACAGUGUGACUGUUCGCCUUCAGCUUUUAACCCCGUAUGUGGUCAGGAUAACAUUGAAUACGUCUCCCCUUGUUAUGCUGGCUGUUCAGAUCUAAUCUAUAAUUCCCAAACAAAGCAAGUCGAUAAUUACACCAUAUGUAACUGCAUCGUUGUCAAUGGAGCCUUAGGAUAUGCUUCCCCUGGACAGUGCCCUGCUCAGUGUUCCCAGUUCCUGCUGCCUUUUGUGAUGAUUGCCUGCAUCUCUGGAUUCAUGGCGAGCCUCUCCCACACUCCAGCCUUUGUGAUAAUCCUGAGGAAUGUGAAGCCUGAAGACAAGUCCUUUGCCAUUGGAAUACAGUUCCUACUGCUAAGAGUUCUGGCCUGGUUACCUGCACCGGUGCUCUAUGGCAGUGCCAUUGACACGUCCUGCCGUUUGUGGCAGGAGAAGUGUAAUAAGAAAGCGGCCUGCAGAUACUAUGACAACACAUUAUUCCGGUAUAGGUUUGUUGGCAUUCAGAUCUUAUUACGAGUUCUGCUGCUUUGUCGCCUUUUUCAUUCUGUACUUCCUUCCGUCGGCAAGAAGAAACAAGAAAAGAGGAAAAAAUCGUACCAGCUCUCCAGAGCGUGGCUCGAGUCCCGCGGAUUCCUGCUCAGGAACCUCAAUUGA